AUGGCGAAGCGAAGUAUGCGGACGUUGAAAAGUAUUUGCUUAAGAUCGGUGGUGAUUGUUCAUCAUGCAAUACUCUCAGAAGAAGCAAUCAAAUUAUUACCGUCGGCUUUGAACAGUCUGAUUGAGCGAUUGCACUUCGACAUUGAUCACUUUGUUCGAAGUCAAUCGAGCGUUGUGCACAUUGAACCGGAAUGGAUUUCCAUCACUGAUUCAUUCACAAUUGACUAUUCGAGAACGUUUGAACGAUGUUUGAACGAAAUCGAAUCCCCUGUAGACGCCUUCAGAUUCGCAUCGAUUAAUGCGCAGCAUCAGGUGUGUGAAGCAAUUUGGCACAGACUGAAUGAUGAACAACGUCAUUAUUUAGCUAGGGAUUCGAGUGUGAUUGUUACUGCAUCCAUGUGGCAGUGUGAAAAUGGAGGAGCAAAUCAGUUUGCUUAUACAGCUGCUUGCGAAGAAGCCGCUUCUAUGGGAUGGUCAAGAGCAUUGCUCUUCUGGCUGGCAUUUAUUGACCCUGAGCACUUUUGCAAAGAGUAUCCUGGGUUCGUGUUAGAGGAGGAAAUGGAAUUGCAGCGUUACGGUGUUUUUCACAGCGUGCGAGCUGAUGAUGGAUUUCAGUCGAUGCCACAUGUGGAGCCGCUCGACUUGUGGGCACACUUGGUCAUCUUAUCGAUACUCAACCGCCAAUGGGCAAUCUUGAAACUGUUACCGCUUGAUUCUGUUGAAUGCGCUUUCCACCGGUUUUUCCCAGACGGUCGAAUCAAAGCGUCUUUCUUGGAGUUGUUAGCGAUGAGUCCGCAACAGGUUCAGUCAAAGUGCCGCAGUGUGACACGAGCGCUUCUCAAGUGGAUACCACGUCUUGACCGUGAAAUGUUGAUUUACAGAAUUGAGAAUAAUCAACUGCUGAAGGAAUUUGUUAAU